AUGGAGGAAGAUCUACGGCUGAUCAGUGAUUUUGAUGAUGAGGAAGCUGAAGAAAAGGCUCCAGUAAAGAAAUCUGUACGAGAUACUCCAGCCAAAAAUGCACAGAAAUCAAACCAGAAUGGAAAAGACUCAAAACCAUCAACACCAAGAACAAAAGGUCAAGAAUCUUUCAAAAAACAGGAAAAGACUCCCAAGACACCGAAAGGACCUAGUUCUGUAGAAGACAUUAAAGCAAAAAUGCAAGCAAGUAUAGAAAAAGGUGGUUCUCUUCCCAAAGUGGAAGCCAAGUUCAUCAAUUAUGUGAAGAAUUGCUUCCGGAUGACUGACCAAGAGGCUAUUCAAGAUCUCUGGCAGUGGAGGAAGUCUCUUUAAGAAAAUAGUUUAAACAGUUUGUUAAAAUUUUCCAUCUUAUUUCAUUUCUGUAACAGUUGAUAUCUGGCUGUCCUUUUUAUAAUGCAGAGUGAGAACUUUCCCUACCGUGUCUGAUAAAUGUUGUCCAGGUUCCAUUGCCAAGAAUGUGUUGUCCAAAAUGCCUGUUUAGUUUUUAAAGAUGGAACUCCACCCUUUGCUUGGUUUUAAGUAUGUAUGGAAUGUUAUGAUAGGACAUAGUAGUAGUGGUGGUCAGACAAAUGGAAAUGGUGGGGAGACAAAAAUAUACAUGUGAAAUAAACUCAGUAUUUUAAUAAAGUA